AGACGGAACCAUGGAGAAAGACGGAACCCCCCUUCUAAAUCCAAGCAUAAAGGGCAAGUUUCAAAAUUUGACUCUUAGAUGUCCUUCACGUCGCCCAACAAUGAUGACAUCACUGCAAGUAGGCACGCUAAGUUCCCCCUUGCGCUUCACAGGGAAAAAAUUGUCAUUUUAUACAGUGCUGAUGUUAUACACACAAGGUAAGGCACUGCUUGUUUUAUAUUGAAAUAAUUAUUAUAAUGAUUUAGUAUUUAUGUUAUACAUGCCCAUGAGUGUAUACAUGAUAUAUGGAUGCCAUAAAUUGGCAUAGCAAACAUAGAUGUUUUGGUAAACGUUUCGACAUUUCAUUAUUUACUAAUGGGGUAAGAUGGACCCCUUGAGAGGCGAAGAGUGGGUUUGUUGUGUUAAUUGCAAAAGCUGUGCUCAUGAGCAAUGUGCAGGGAUAGAUGAUGAUGAUGAUGAUGCUGAUGAAGAGGUUUUUGUGUGGAAUUUAUGUCAUUAAGAUGUACAGGGAUAGAUGAUGAUGAGGGAGAGUUUUUUUUAUUUUGUUUUUUGUUUGUUUGUUCGUUUGACUUGUACCAAUAAAUUUGGCUCAUGGGCAAUGUGAAAGGAUACAGUGAUGAAAAGGAAGAGUUUUUCAUUUGUGUUUUAUGCCAGUUAGGAUUUGUUUCUUCAUAUUCAGUUUCCGGGGUAAGAUUGACCCCUGGGGAUCCGUCUUACCACAUCAUUUUAUUUUUGCCCCAGUAAAAAUUAUUAUUUUGAAAAUUCUUGUUUCAUUGUUUUCCGGUAUUAUUGCAGUUUCAGCUAAUACACCACACAUAACUAUACACAUUCUCACGGUCUACAUCACUUUUCUACGAGCAUUUCUAACCCCAUUUUAGCUUAUCGGAAAUUAGUAAUAACUUCAGCACAAGCCUUUAAAUGUGCGGUGUUCGGCGAGUUUUCUCUAAGUCCAGCAAGCUGCGGCGAGCCACGGAGCUCCAUCACACUCUGAAUUGAGCAGUACAAUGACUUGCAUUUGUUUAUAACUGGGGUUUGUGGGUAACUGCUGAAUAGGAUUCUUAUUGUGUCUAUAGUUCUUUUGUCCAAUGACGUGCCACCACCUCUUAACACCACGAGCUGAGCCAAUGGGAAUUUGCUCUAUGUAUUCGUAGGCGGGGCACAGCUGGGCAGACAUGUGCACAGACAUCUGUGUACGCAGUUCAGCCAUGGCGACCAGUGACACUAGUUGUAAAGGUUGCGAAUUUGAUUACUGGGAAAUCAUCGCUCCUGCGAUGCAAGUCAGUGUACAAUCGAGAAGAAGACCAGCCAGGACCUUCAUCCUUUCGUUAAGGUGGUGGUGUGUGGUGAGCAAGAUAAAUGGUGGGUGUGUGGACGAGGGUCUGGCAUGGCGUGGAAGCGAUCGUGGCGGCGGUGGCAGCGGUGGGCGUGUUUAGGGGCGGCAGUGGUGGUAAGCGCCUGGUUGUUGCUGGCCGCCCCUUGUGCCCUAUUAGCCUGUCCACCGCGUGAUCCAGCUGAAGCCGCCGCCGCCACCCAUCAGCCUCACAGAGACAGGGAUGCCGCCCUUCUUGUGUGCUCAACUCUGUCUUUCACAACCACAGAUCAUCAGCAGAGGCAGACUCAAGGUUCUCCACAGCUGGACAAGGACAGUCCAUACAAUGUGUUGUAUGAAUGGCUUCCUGCCUCACGCAGCUUUGGUGCUAAUGAGUCUGUUACCUACACGACGCACACCACACCUGAAAUGAUCACCCACGUUGGAGAGCUGGCCACCCGCUGGUCGGGUCCACUCUCUGUGGCAGUUUUUGUCCCUUACACAGAUUUCUGCCUGGCUGCUGCCCGAGUGGCUUAUCUCAGAGCCUGUGGUCCUGUAGAGGUGAGAGAGCAGGUCUCAUGGCACUUCUUCUGGCCCCAUGACUCGCCUCCAGCAGCUGACUGGCAUUUGAUUGUAGAUGAGAAGACAUGUGAUUGCAAUGCAGAGGAGACUACAGCGUCGAUUCGGACCUUCCGCACAGAGGAAGUCCUUCCGUAUCCUGUCAAUGUGGCUCGUAACGUUGCCCGCACUGCGGCGAGUACUUGGUAUGUGUUGCCCUCAGAUGUGGAGCUCUACCCAUCAGAGGGACUGGCCCAGCAGUUCCUAGCAAUGAUAUCACGUAUGACAGAAGGACUCGAGGUGCGGGCAGCCCAUGUGUCGCCCAGAGUCUAUGUGGUGCCAGUAUUUGAAGUGGGCAGCAGUGUACCAGCCACAAAGGAGGAACUGCUCCAGCAGUACCACCGCCAUGAUGCCGUCUACUUUCACCGUCACGUGUGUGCACACUGCCAGCGUUUUCCUGCCAUUGCCGAAUGGGUUACACAGCCGGGUACCCCAGGUACCAUUAAGACCUUCUCUGUUGUGAAGCGCGAGUUCCCCUACCACCGGUGGGAGCCUAUUUACAUAUGUACCAAGCAAGAACCCCUUUAUGAUGAACGACUGUCAUGGGAAGGGCUUCAGGAUAAGAUGACUCAGAUGCACGAGUUGUGUUUGCAGGAGUAUAAUCUGGUGAUCUUGGACCGAGCCUUCCUGGUCCACGCACCCGGCAUCAAGCGCAGAGGCAAGAGCAAGACCAAGGAUGAGACAUGGAGGGAACCCUUUGUUAUCAAGAACUCUAAAAUCUACGACCAAAUCAUGGAGGAAAUGCAGAAGAAGUAUGGUCACAGUGAGAAAUGCCGCCGCCACUGACAUCACUCACCAGUGCCGGCAGGAGACUGAUGCUUCCUACAAUGGAGAUCAUGCAAUACAGAGUGACAAGAUUAUUUUUACACAAUGUGAUGAAAUUAAUGCGGGUAACAGAGGUGCUUAACCUGUGGUGUUGUGCUCAGUUUCCAAACUUCACCUGCAAUGGCUUUCUCCUCAUAUCCUUAGGUUCUAUUUUCUAUCCAUAUGUGGUAAGGUUUUCUCUCAGAAUCCCAUAUCAUUAAGCAACUUGUAAAUCUUAAUACUCAUAAUGCAUCCAACAGUGAUUAUGUGAUUCUUACAUAAAUAGUCUAAUGAAAGUCAAGUGCAUAAAGACGUCAAUGUCUUUCCUUUCUUUUGCAUGUGCAGGAUGCACAAGCAGAAUAUCCAUGUUAUGUGUACUACUGUACACCGUUCAAACUUUGCACUUUUUUUCCCCAGAUGGAAAUAAUGCAUCCUUUUUCCACCACCAACAGAAAUGUCCUUCUUGCAUCAUACAACACUGGUCCACCCAGCAUCCCAUCCAUUUCUUCAUUGUUCACAAACUAUUUCAUGUUAUAAUCACAGACACUUUCAUACAUUGCCUGCAUUGUUUUUUAAGGAUAAAUGAUUUGCACAUCAGUCCCAACUCUAAUUAUAGAGAACAUAACUGUUCUGAUGAAAUAAUAAGUAAUGCAGAUCCUUGGUUGCCAGAUGUGAAGCAAAUGAUUGUUGGAAAUAUUUUGAUAUAAAAGGACACAAUGACUAGUGUCUCAUAUCCUUCAAGCUCAUGACAAGCCCUGUAACAGCUCUAAAUGUGAUGUGCACUGCCACUACUGCCGUCACCACUCCUUACAAAGUUAGCUCUUCAUGCUGAGUACCUGUCUAUGAAUUUGGCCACGUAAAAUUUAGAUUAGAAAUAAGUUCAAGCUUUUUUCUUCUAACACAUGCUUGAGAAUAAAGCUAAUAUUUCUAAAGCUAGGCAAUGUAGUUGCUUGAAGCAGGCAGUAGUAUAGCUUCCCAUCUUGGGAUGGCAUUAACCACUGCAAAAUUAGCAACUGCAGCUUGUAAAAUACUCAUUUUCAAUCUCAACUUAGAGUAGAAGCAAUACUUUAAACUACUUUUCAGCUUAAGACAAUAGAGUGCACAGCCACAUGGCUCAAAUAAACUUUAUGUAUCACAAAAAUCAUAUCUUCUGUGGGAAGUUCUUUAGCAUCUGCAUGAUUAGAUCUGAUAAGUAACAUCUAGGCAGCAUGUUGGCAUUAUUUGUCCAAGUGACCUUAGAAUCAUCGCACAAGGCUGUUCAUAUGUAGAUACAGCAAUAUGCAUGGCAAGACACAGCUGACAGUCAUCACUCCUACCAGAUUCCUAUUUAUCACAAAUUUAAUACAUCUUGGAAGCCUUUUACACCAAGCCAGUGCAGUACCUAAGUUGAAAUGUUAUGAAGUCCCAACGAAAUAGAAUCUAGUAAGCUAU